CCCACUCCACCUUCUCCUCCUCCUCCUCCUCCUCCUCCCUCGAUGAUGAAGAAGUAACCCGGACCAAGAGUCGCAGGGCGUAUUUAGCGCGUGAACACCGGCGUCCUCACUCACGGUAGAAGAGCGGUGAGGCGUUCAGGGACGCUCGUGGAAACUACGUGCAAGCUUGUGGUCCACGUUGAACAAAGUGCAAGGUCCCAUCGGAGCUCGGGCAUGAGCUGCGACGCGCACUAACCAGCACUGCUCCUCGCCUUCCACCUCCACAGCCCACUCAAAUGUGCCCUUUUGCACUUUAAUUUGAUUUAGAAGUUAGUUUUGUUUUCACGCCGACAAUGUCGUGCUUGUUGCUGGGAGUAAUACGGAGACAUGGCGGUGUCCGGGCAAGUGUCGGCGUGCGCUCCCUGGCCUCCGUCCCAUCGCUGCCCCCGGCGGUGGCAGACUUCGUGCGGCGGGCGGCGGACGAGUGCAAGCCGGCCAGGGUGCACGUGGUGACGGGCACGCCGCAGGAAACGGCCAACAUCCUGGCCGGCCUGGAGAUCGAGGGGAUGGUCAAGAAGCUUCCCAAAUACGAGAACUGCUGGCUGGCGCGUACCGACCCGAAGGACGUGGCUCGGGUGGAGAGCAAGACGGUGAUCGUGACCAAGAGCCAGAGGGACACCGUCCCCAUCCCCGCCGGAGGGGCGAAGAGCCAGCUGGGCAGCUGGAUGAGCGAGUCCGACUGGCAGGCGGCCCGACAGGAGCGCUUCCCGGGCUGCAUGGCAGGUCGGACCAUGUAUGUGAUUCCCUUCAGUAUGGGUCCUGUGGGCUCGCCUCUGACUAAAUACGGUGUGCAGGUGACCGACUCUCCAUACGUUGUGGCCAGUAUGGGGACCAUGACCCGUAUGGGCACACCUGUGCUGAACAAACUGUCCGAGGGGGCGGAGUUUGUGCGCUGUCAGCACUCUGUGGGACGGCCUCUGCCGCUCAAAGCCCCCCUUGUCAACUCGUGGCCCUGUAACCCCGAGAAGGUGCUGAUAUCUCACCUGCCGGACACCAGGCAGAUCAUGUCCUUCGGCAGUGGCUACGGAGGAAACUCCCUCCUUGGGAAGAAGUGCUUCGCCCUCCGCAUCGCCUCGCGCAUCGCCAAGGACGAAGGCUGGCUGGCCGAACACAUGCUGAUCCUGGGCAUCACCAACCCUCAGGGGGUGAAGCGCUACGUGGCGGCGGCCUUCCCCAGUGCCUGUGGUAAAACCAACCUGGCCAUGAUGAAACCAGCUCUGCCCGGCUGGAAGGUGGAGUGCGUGGGCGACGACAUCGCGUGGAUGAAGUUUGACAGCCAAGGGAAGCUGAGAGCCAUCAACCCGGAGAACGGUUUCUUCGGCGUGGCCCCCGGCACCUCCGACAAGACCAACCCCUACGCCAUGGCCACCAUCGCCAAAAACACCGUGUUCACCAACGUGGGCGAGACCAGCGACGGAGGAGUGUGGUGGGAGGGCCUCGAGCCCCCCGCAGCUGGGGUCACGCUCACGGACUGGCAUGGGAAAACCUGGCAGAAAGGAAGCUCGACCCAGUGUGCCCACCCCAAUUCCCGCUUCUGUGCCCCGGCGGCUCAGUGUCCCAUCAUUGACCCCCAAUGGGAGAGUGCGGAGGGCGUUCCCAUCGACGCCAUCAUCUUCGGUGGCAGGAGGCCGGAAGGAGUCCCUCUGGUGUACGAGUCUUUCAAUUGGCAACACGGAGUCUUUAUUGGAGCUUCUAUGAGGUCUGAAGCCACGGCGGCUGCUGAGCAUCAAGGCAAGGUGAUCAUGCACGACCCCUUCGCCAUGCGGCCGUUCUUCGGGUACAACUUCGGCGACUACCUCGCCCACUGGCUGAGCAUGCAGACCCGAAAGGCCCCCACCCACCUGCCCAAGAUCUUCCACGUGAACUGGUUCAGGAAGAACCCGGCGACCGGCGCCUUCCUCUGGCCCGGGUUCGGGGAGAACGCGCGCGCCCUGGAGUGGAUCUUCAAGCGCUGCGGGCGGGAGAGGGAGGAGGAGGCGGCCAAGAGGAGCAUCAUCGGCUGGCUGCCAGAAGAUGGCGCCAUCGACACCAAAGGUCUGGGCAGCGAUGUGGAUAUGGGGGCCCUGUUCCACGUGCCCAGGUCCUUCUGGCAGAAGGAGGCCAAGGAGUUGAGGGCCUACUUCUCCCAGCAAGUUGGAGCCGACCUGCCCGCUCAGGUGGAGGCGGAGCUUAAGGCGCUGGAGGAGCGAGUGCACAAGUAGAAGCCCACGGACAGGAAGUUAGACCGGAGACGGGGCGGUGGUCGCUGAAGACUCAGGAUUCAGAUCGUUAAGGUGCACUCAGGAGUCACUGGCUGGGUUUACACACACACACACACACACAGAGCUUAGGUCCCCAAUAUCACUUUAUUGGUUUUGUUUAUGUAAACAUCAACCCUGAGGUUGAGAUUUGGCUUAGAAACAUCCCACUCAGAUUUGGUUUUCACAACAUAGUUUGUGAACUGGAAGGCAGGUUUUACAGAGUUCUAGUACUCGCUGCUCAGUCAAAGAUGGUUUGUCUCAGUAUUUUAAUUGUUUGAAUAUGAAUGAUUGGAUAAAUGAAAAGCUCUAUCGAAUCUGUGUGUUGGUGUGUAAAAUAAUCACAACCAGUGACUCAUGGUGCUCUUUUAUGAAGGGAAAUCAGUUCGGAAUAGAAAUGUCAGAGAUGAAAAGUCUACAAUGCAACAACUAAUGAAACAUGAAGGUCAGAUUUCUUUGACGUUGUUGAACUUAUCACAUAAAGAAGCUAAUGCCACUGCCUCCAUUCACUAAAACACAUUCAAGACAACCUUGUUGUGCCUUUUGAGACGUUUAACAACUCAACGUUUGGGCUGCUAAUGUUUUCAGGCUGAAACCAAAAGAUUAUUUCUGGAGAA